AUGGGAGUUGAAGGAGAUUUGGUGCAGGGCUUGAUGAGGCGCAAGCAGGCUUCACUCGCUUCGACCGCUGUCCAUCCACCCGAUUGGUACCGAGCUGGUGCGUACACCGCUCCUCCACCGGCCUUUGCAGACGAAGCAACCAAGGCGUUGCAGGCCAUUGCCAAAGCGGUUACCUCCAAAGAUGAGGCCGCUUCGCAAGAGCGGGGAAAGCUCUCCUCCGUUGGGAAAGUAGAAGAGAGAUGCUUGUACUUGGUUCGAGGCUGUGACUCUCUCACGGUCCCCUUGGGGGAAGCAACAGUGGGCAAGGAACUUUUCCACGCCCUCCGGAACACCGCUACCCAGGACCGCCCUUUGCUGAGAAGUCUUAAAUUCCCCAUUAACAUUACCAACAGGUUCGCUUUUGGGGUCAGCGGUCUUUGCGUGGGCGGCAAAGGAAACAUUCCGGAAUAUUCUCUCACCACGGGAGAUUUCCCCGCGACUUCCGAAGCCGAGUUCGACAGCUACUCUGUCCCUGGCGAUAUCAAGCUGGAGAAAAAGCCUAGAGCUCCGGCCACUUUGACCUUGUGGUACAGAAACGCCCUCCGUCAAUGCUGGGCCCUCGCCUGUAUCUUCGGGGUACAACAUUAUGGAGGAUGGGAGCGAGCCGCUAGCGGUCUCCUGCGGAUGGCAGAGGAGACCGCCCAUGCAUGGCCGCUCCAUCUCAUCAUUUCUACGUGGGAUGAGCUCUGGAGCCGAUUCAUGGAAGAAGUUCGGGACAUCGAACGCAAAGUUCGCCGAGAGAUGGGAGAGGAGGCACCCUCCUUUGAGAGGUUAAAAUUCUUCUGCACCGCACCCGGUGUGGACGGGAAUCCCUGGUUGCGUCUCCCGCAGACCUUCGAAUUGGAAGACCCUCUCGAAUAUUUCCAGACCGAUGUCCUGCCUCGGCAGCGUCGGAUCUUGGAAAGGACCUGCUGGCAGCUCGCCCUCAAAGGGCCUCAAGCGGGCCUCGCUGGGGGACGCGCCGGAGAGCAGGGCGACACGGGCCAGAGGACCGAUACGGUCUCGGGCCCCAAGGUCGGGGCAAACACGUCCGCACCCGCGCUCCUUGGCAAACCUCUGAGCAACAAGGAGGUGCAGAGAUCUAUGGACCACAGGCCGAAGUGUCAGCGCACCGGCAAGUAUUUCUGUUGGGACGCCAUGUCGCGUCGAGGGUGCCAUGCCCAGUCUUGUGCACACUCGCACGAGAAGCCCAUUCCCGGGUGGCAUUCUCUCGAUUUCAGCGUCCAGAUGCAGCUUCUUCGGCGGGGUGGCCACCUUGGCCAGCCCAAGAUGUCUGGUGCAGCCGACGUUGAUAAAGCGGUGGCCGUCCCGCGCAAGGCUCAAGCCGACAAAGUGUCUGCCGCUGUCGCGGAGGGAAAGGCAGCAAAGGCCAAAGCCAAGGCCGCCGCUGCCGCAGCUAAGGUUGGCGCUGCCAACUCUACGGCUGAGCCCAGUGACACCCGAGCUGGCUGGGCCCAACCCCCUCCUGAGCUAGGCAACUUCUUUGCCACAGACCUGGAGUCAGGCCUCGCAGAAGCCAUGGCCGGCAGUGCUUUGGACUGGACAGCCAACCACUCUUCUCCACCGCUUCGAACCGUCUCUCUCCAACAGAGCACCGAGGCUACUCGAAAGCGGGAGGCCGACAUGGCCAACGUGGAGUCUUCCGGUCUGGUCCCGGACGUCCCUCCUACGCUGGCCUGCUAUUUGCGCAACCGGUUGCUGCAUGUCCAAGGGCCACCCGGUCCCCAGCAUGUGCAGCAAGCGCUAGACGACGCUGUGCUCAAGGGCGCCCCGGAGCUCGCUGUCGAAGCGGAGGCUUUCCUUGCCAAGGUAGGCGACUCACAAGCCACGCGGGCCACUCUUACCCGCACCUCUUGGGUUGCAUCCAGCGAUGCCCCAGGAUCAGCCCAGUUGUCCUGGGGACCCCAUACUUGGGACGUUCUGGACUACGGGGACACUCUGGCCGUCCCCGCAGAGCUGGAAGGUAUUUUGGAGCCUCGCGACGAGCCACAACCGGACUGUGAGCCGCGUCAGUGCCUGCUGUUGCACGUGGCCGCUGCUUGCUUGUGGGCCCAAGCCCACGUUUGCCCCUCCUGGUCAGAGGUGCGAGCGGCUGCUGCGCCCUUGCGGGUGGAGCUCCAUGGCCUCGCUUGUCAGGCAGCCGAGGCUUUGUCUUUCGAGCCCGGCAGCAUGACACGAGCCGAGAGGGACCUGCGGGUCUUCAUCCAUGAUCUCCUGUAUCACGGUCACGACAAGGACUAUCGGUGUCUUGCCGCUUUCCCGCCCAGUGCAGCUUCUCAUUUGGCCAUACAGGUUGUGCGACUGGAUUCGUGGAAGCGUCCCACUGUUGAGCGUUUGGCCGGCGCUUCCGCGCCACUCAACUCCCCUCCUUUGGUCUGGCUCCUGGUCCAUGAGGGUCAUAUGCGACUUUUGGUCCCCACUUCGGAUGCCAUGCCGGCUCCUGCUCGUAGCAUCACCAUGCACGGGUGGGAUGUGCACCUCGAAGCAGCGUCAGUUGCUGGCGCUGAGCUGGUCCCUCCGGCUAAGUGCCCCCGCUGCGAUGCGGAGGAGCUGCGGCGCACUGGUGUGUCUACCAGUGUCCUGGGCCUUUACCCUGUUGUGGUGCCGACCGAAAGAGCUGGAUCCGUUCGUUGGGAAAGCUCUCCUCCCUCAGGGCCGGCUGUCGACCCGCUGCCUGUCGUGCCGUUGGGGCGCGGCCAGGCCCCUUGGGCGGUUCUGGAGCUUGCUCUGGGGACUCCUUCGGCGCUGGCCGCCUCUGCCGAUGCCUCGUGGGGAACCAUUGGUCUCGCCGCGGGGCAGGACCUUGCGGCGGCUGUUGUGCGGCAGGGUCUUCUCGCUACACUCCGCGCCCAUCAGCCUCCCCUUUCGGUGGUGUCUGUCUUGUCACCGGAGCUCACGGCCGGCUCUCGUCUGCAGCCUGGCUGCUCGGGCCUUUCCUCCUCUCUUCUUUCUUUCGUCGCCCUUCUGCUGCAGGAACAACGGUCUCGGGCUGGGGACGUGCUCUUCCUUCACCCCCUUACGGGCGCGGGCUGGCGCCAUGAGUCCAUCCUCACGGCGCUUCAGGGCUGUCCGCGCGUUCGCUUGCCAUUGGCUCCGCCAGGGCGGGCUCCGCUGCUGGUAGCUACUACAGCCUCCGCUGCCGCGGAGUCCUUGCGGACCGGCGGGACUCUGAGCACCGCCGUUUCUGCCUUGUCCGCCGCGGCAGCCUACCUUGACGCGGUCGAGGAGGCUGCUCAGUUCUCCAAGGAAGGACUCCGAAGUGUAGCAGCGGAGGGGUCACUGCUCCUUCGAGCUGCCGGCGGCUGGCAAGAAGCAAUGAGAGCAAUUAAGAGAACCUACAUCCAGCGCCACGGGGAUCAUUUCGAAGGGUUACACGGACCCACGCUUGAUGGCUUGGUGCCUCCUCCCCUCCUCGAGAGAGCAAGACAUGUGGCAGUGUGGGGAGUGGAAGCGCAAGUGCCCCUGAAGGAAUCUGCGAGACUCAAGUGCGCACCCCACCCCAGCCUCAAGGCACAUAUGGACGAGGCGGCCGCUCAGCUGUGGAAGGACGUUGUCAGGGGCCGGGUCCUGGUGUGCUAUGACCAAGGGGAAGGUCUCGAUGGGGUUAUCUCUGUCCCCAUGGCGAGAGUGCCUAAAAUGAACCCGGACAGAACGGUUUCAGACAAAGGCAGGGUCGUGUGGGACGCUACCCCGGUGAAUCGGUUUUGCACCAAGGAGGAUUUUCCGCCAGCCUUGCAACCUAAACACAGAGAGGUUGCCAGGGUUAUCCUCUACUGGGGGCUCAAGUUCCCCGGCGUCCCUAUCCUUCUGAGUAAAAAGGACGUCUCGGAUGCUUUCAAGUGGCUCCCAGUCGCGCUGGCAGACACGAAGUUCUUUGCUGCGGACCUCCCCGCUAGCUACGUGGAGGCCGACCAUGAUGCCACACUCCUCUACGGGUACAUGACCUUUGGAUGGAGGGGCGCACCAGGCGAAUACAUGGGAUUUGCUUGGGUGCUCAAGGCAGGCCACGAGGCGCACGGUCCCUCCAAUGGGCGGUGGGAGGCCGCCGACGUUGCCUUUCACUCCUUUGUCUUGAUGGACGAUACUGUCCUGGUGGAGCCGGACAUCGGGCUUCGACCUUGGGUUUCAGUUGAGGUUGCGGAGCAAAUGACCCGCGCCGCUCUUGGCCCACGGGCCAUUAACCCGGAAAAAGACGCUGUCGAAGGGGCGUUGGAGACGAGGAAGCUCAUUUGGGGAUUGACGUACGACACCGGGCGUGGAACGGUCAGUUUGCCAAUCGUCAAGAUUGAAAAAGCUUACCACCUCCUCCAUCUACCUCAAUUCGACCAUGGAAAUCGCGUCGUCCCGUUGCGCCUGGUUCAGGAAUUGCGGGGGAAUCAACAGUUUUGGCUGGCAGUCUUCCCCAGUUUGGCGCCUUAUUUAGGGGCCACCAACGAUUUGUUAGGGCCACCCGAUGACGCGGGAAAUGCUUGCCCCAAGGGGCCUGACACCCAAGCGAUAGAGCUACAGAGGGUCUUGGUUGACUCUCAGGGAACUUGGGAAGCGCGGUUCUCGCACUCCCUCCUCGGGGCUCUGACCCUUCCGGAGUAUCUAUCUUUCCCGGGCCUGCAGGACCAGGUUGUUUGGGCCUCGGGGGACGCUACCACACAGGUGGUGGGGGCCAUCGACUGGGAGGCCAGGGUCGCUGUUGUGGAGCCCGUCAAAGACCUCUGGGCAGCUCUGCGGGAGUUCCUCUCUUCAUCCUACCUCGGGAGAGAAGAUUCGGAGGAGUCCGAGGGCCGCUUCGGCCCCGGGCGCACCUCAGGCUCCUCUUCGCAGGAAGGGGACGAGGAGAGUUUCUCUCCCGGCCCCGCGUCGGAAGAAGGCGAGGAAGAUGUGAUGAUCUCGCUGGCUGAGUUGCUGGCGGUCCUUUGUUUGGUCGCCGCCCGUUGGCGGGCCUGGUCUGGGAAGGUAGUGGUCUACGCGGGAGACAACCAGAACGUUGUCCGUUGGAUAGCCGCGCGAGAAGCCAGCCCGCCUGCGGCCCGCUUCCUCCUUCAGAUCCUGGGCGCAGCCGAAGCAGUGGGACACUUUCGGCUUUACGCCGAAUACAUUAGGACCUACCACAAUGUGGUGGCGGAUGAUCUGACUCGUAAGCACGUUCCGGACGUGCUCCGCGAGAACAAUCUCGAGCGAAUAGAGGGCAGAGGCACCAUGGUUGAGCUUCUCGACCGCUCCUGGGCGAACCGCGCCCUGCUGUGGGCGACUAUGGAAGAUGAUGACCGGGGCAUCGCCCUUCAGCUCUGCCUCAGGAUCCACGAACUGGCCCUCGGCCCGCCGGUUUACACCCGCGAGCUCACUAAAGAAGGGGCUGUGUGCACCCAUCAGCAGCGCCUAGGGACAGAGUGGAAAGGGCUUGGGGAUGGUUGGUUCUCUCAGCUGGAUUUGUUUAGCGGGAGGUCGUUCGGGGAUCAGGUUUGGUGGAGGAGGUGGGCUUUGGUUGCCGUCAAAAAGGAGCCUGUUACGCUCCCGUUGGCCCGCUACAACCUUGAGUGGAGAGCCCCCGAAGCAGCGAAGCAGCUGCUGGAGGCGACACCUCCAUCCUUCGCCCACUGUUUCAGUCCCGGGCCCGAGGAGGCCUUCAGUCACCGAGCCGGUGUCUGUUUUCUUCCUUGGGAAGAGCAUACGCGCCGGGCCCUGAUGGCCUGGAUGGAAGAGCGCGACAGCUCUUGGAGAACCCGCGUCGGAGGCGACGGCAAGGGUCCCUCCAAAGGAAAAGGAAAGAGCGACAAGGGAAAGCAGACCCCCAAAGGGGGCAAAGGCAAGAAGGGUAAAGGAAAGGGCAAGGGCAAAGGAAAACCCGCCGAGGCCCAAAUCGACCAUGCCGUCACAAGGAUCCUUCGUCACGCAGGAGUGCGAGGUGCGGACGGAGGCAAUUUGAUCUUUGAGGAGGGCUGGGUGUCGGUCACCUUGCUGGUGUCGGCCCUGCGUCAGGAGCCGGCCGCCACGGAGCUCGAGAUCGACCUGGCGCUCUUGCAGCGUUUGGAACACACGAACUCGAAGUCCAGGUUCGUGCUCAGACAGGCCGACCCGCCCCCAGGAGAGGAUGAAGGAGCUUGGUAUGCAGCCGCUUGGGCUGGGCAUACCCUGUCAGGGGUGGUCGGCCCUGGUGCCAUUGCCACCCCGCCUCCGAUCCUUCUCCACGGCACAUACCGGUCCAAGGUACCCCCGAUUCAACUGAACGGGCUCCUCCCGCUACGCAGGGCUUUGCACCUGCAAGAUCCGUCCUGCAAGUCUGGCAGGUGGCGGUCCGACCUCGAAGUCGCAGUGACAGUGGACGCCGUCAAGGCUGCCCAGGGGACUCCCAAGGGGUCUUCAGGCAGUCAAGAGGGUCAGCCCCCGGGAAAGGAAAGCAGGAAGACGACCCUUCUCGGGACACCGAAGGGGAAGCGACGCAAGGCCCGCCUGGACCUUAAGGCCUACCAAGGAGGUAGACCCUCCCCUAAGGAGCCAACGCUCCUCAAAGAUGUGGCAGCAGCCGCGGUCGCCUUGGGCGCGACUCUCGAGGACGGGCAAGAGGUUAUCGUCGAUGCUGACACGUGGCAGGUAGCAGUGCCGGAGGCCCCCGAGUUCGAAGCGGACGUCGACUUCGGGCGGUCGACCUCCGAGUCGGGCUCAGAGGAGGCCAUCGCCAAUGCGGCCCCAGAGCCUGCAGACGAGGCCACUGAGGUGGCGCAUACCUACAGCGGCGAAUGGUCGACGCCGGACGGCCUCAAGUGCCUGUUGUGUAACGCCUGGAUAGACGGGGGUCACCUCAUGACCCCUAUCCACAACCGGCGCAUGCGAUGGCACCUGAAGGAACGAGCGCGGCAGAGCGCGGCGGCGCUGUCGACACAGCUCAAGGACCUCACGCUAGAAACUCCAGCGAAGAAGCAGCGGCAGCAGAGCGCCGCCUGCUGCGGCGGAGCCGAGCUCAACAAGGGUCCAAAGCUCCCCCAGCUUUUGGUCCUCCUGCACGGCCCAGGAGCCCUAGCGUCCCCGAACCAGCCGGACCGCCUAGGUUUGGGGGAGGGGGGGCUAGGCGCAGCCCCGCCAAAGGCCGGAUCUGCACGCGGAUCAACAGAGAGCCUGCCAGCGACGGGCAACCAGGAGCGUCAAGGAGAAAGGGGCACCGAGGACCGUUUCGGUCCCGGUGCCCCCGAAGCUGUCCUUCCGGAUAGCUCGGGAGCGCCCAGCAAGCGGGCACCGUCUUUCGAGGAACAAAUGGCGGCGCUCGACGAGGAAGAAAGGAUCCUCCUGCUUGAAGCAGGAGGUGGCCUCCCUUCAGAAAGUUCGUCUGGGAGUCGCCCCCUUGUGCCCCGGACGGGCAUUCGACUCACAGCUCCCAAGGUGGGGCUGCUCAGGGCGAUCUCAGAUGCAGACACACGAAACUGGAAGUCGUUGUCUGCAGCCCUCAAAGAGGCAGCUGGCGAUGGAGGCACCAAGGCGCAGCUGGUCCUCGACCUGGAACGCUUGGCGAGCCAGCGUAAGGACGCCUCCCGAGGAGCCAAGGGACUCUUGGAAGACAAGGUGCGCGACCUCAAAGCCUUGGAAACGUCGGACUCCGCCUACCUGAAGGAGCUCGACAGUCAGGACAAGGCAAUGAGGGAGUUGGAGAGGCAGAACCCGGUUAGACCGUCUCUGGCCUCAAAACCCCUCAGCUCUGAUCGCCUCACGGCGGCUAUCAAGUCUGGCACUCCCAUCUGGGUCGCGCGAAAGCAGGAAAAGGGGAGAAUCCGCGCUCAAGAACACAGGGCCCGCAUCGAGGCGGAGGCGGCCAGGGAGAGGGCGGAGCGCCCGCCCGGGGCAGAACCUACGCCGAGAGGCGAAGCGCUGGAUGAGAGGAUGAAGGAGGCAGCUCGCCUUGAGUUGCGAGAGUUUCGUGCCCUUCUUGCUCAGGGCACGCGCCAGGCGAAGCGUCCCCCGGACUCCACUCGCCGGCGGAAGCUCAAAAAGAAGCAGCGAAAGGAGAGGCUCCGCGAGAAGGCCCGCAAUGAUGAUGCGGAUCGAGACACCAACCACGCAAUCGCGCAUGCCCGGGACCGGACGAGGAACUCAGAGCAGACCCCCCCGAGGUCCGAGGGCCGUUUCGGCCCCGGACGCUCGGAGGGGGGAGCUCUUACUCCUUUUACCGGGGGAAACGCGCUAAGCGCGGCGGGGGCAGGAGAAAGCGGAAGAGCCGAGGCCUACCUCUGGGAAACGGGCCUCUUCGAGGGCUUCCUUCUGGGCGUCGUGGCAUGCCUGUGGGCCCAGUUUUGCUGGCGUCGCGCCAGAGGCGGGAGCUAUGGGGCAGCUGGCCAGGAGGAGGAUCGGGAACACGACGAUCUGCUGCACACCGCGCGGAAACCAUAUGGGGGCAAGGUGGAAGUGAAGUUCCUUCGCGACGAAGCAGUGUUUCACGCUCCAAGCUGCAACUUGGUUCGACCGCUUCACAAAGCGGCGCAACCAUGUCGCGAUUGUGGACCCGAGGCGCGCUGGGGGUACCUGGCCGACCUCGGGCCUCGCAACCACGAUAAUGCCACUCGAGACACUAAUCACGCCUAUGCGCAUCUCAUGCUCAUAGGCGUGACCUUCUUCCUCCUGGGACUCCUGGGAAGCUGCCUUUGGGGGCAGCCGAGCUUCCCGGGAGUCAUCCAUAAAGCACUGGAGCAAGGAGGGUCCGAGGAAUGUUUCAUUCCCGGACCUCUCCUUACUCAGUGCGAAAAUGAGCGCGAGGAUGAGGCUCGAUGUGGGGCCAAGGUUCAGCGCAGGGUCACCUUCCAAAAAAUGGAAGAAGCACCCUCCUACGAGGAGCUGGCCGGUCCGGUCAAGAACAAGAAGGAACCACCUUUCCUCGGAGGGCCCUCUUCCGCGAAAAGGCUGUACGGCUCCAAGCCUCCCCAGCUGGCUCUACCCUUGGCCACGCGUGAGGCCUUUGAGGCAGAAGCUCUCCGAGUCGCCAUGGACCGCCUUACCACCACCACACAGAAGGCCUACCAAGGGCAAUUAAAGUGGUGGCGCCUCUUUUGCCUCCGCAGAGGCAUCUCCUGGUUGCUCAGCGGCAGCGAGCCCAGCGAGGAGGAGACUCACUUGCUGGACUUCCUCCUCCACACGGCCAUCAACGGGGCGAGAGCACCAGGUAUGCAACGCCAACUCGGAGGCUACCGGCUACCGGUGACUCCCACGAUGCUUGCGUACCUCUUCACCCAACUUUGGGAAAAUGCCCCGCACGAAGCACCCGGUCUUUGGCUCGCGCUGUGCCUGGGCUACUUCUUCCUCCUGAGGGCCUCCGAGUUCCUCCCUGUCCCUUACCUUCCUGACUCCAGACACCUUAAGGGUACAGAUUUGAGGCUGAGGAAGGGUGGGCAGGAGUGCGAUCUUAAGGAUCUUCACUCCGCAGACGAGGUUGUGAUCACCCUUCGGGGGAGUAAGACGGACAGGUUCAAUCGUGGGACUACUCGAAAUCAUUUUCGAGGAGUCCCACCACUGUGUCCUGUGGAUGCAGCGAUCCGCUUCUUCUCGACCUUCCCAGCACGCCAUGGCAAUGGAGAAGAAUCGGGUGAGCCUCUCCUCAGAGGAGUCACUCGCGAAUGCAUCCAGAUGCUCAUCGCUAAGGCAGCAGAACAUCAAGGCAUGCAGGGAGCGACAGGAGCUCAUUCCCUGAGAUUUGGGGGCGCGUCCGCCAUCUGGGCGGCUUAUCAAAACUCGGCCCAGUUGCAGCGUUUUGGGCGGUGGGCGAGUGACGUGUAUCACGGCUAUAUUUGGGAUGCCCGUGCGUCUUCCAAAGGGGUAGCCAAGGCAAUGGCCGAGGUGGACGUGCAGAUCUCUGGCCUGCGCUUGGCCGAUUCCCCGAUGUACCAGGUGGUGGUGGCGCGAAGUCAGAGGGUCCAGCUGGAAGGUCUUCGCGUUUCUCUUCAUCACAUGAGACUCGGGGAUGAGGGAGCCCACAACACGGAUGGAGUUAGCAUCAUUGCGUCGCAGAAUGUUCUCCUCAGUGACAGCGUCAUAGAGAGCGGUGACGACAAUGUGGUUGUCAAAGAGGGCUCUCACAACGUUGCCUGCCACGGUCUGAUUCUGCGACGUGGGAAAGGCGUGUCGAUCGGCAGCCUGGGCGAACGGGGAGCCGAGGAUCAAGUGGUUACAAACAUCUCCUUCCACAACGUCACGCUGGACCAAAGUAUGCACGGCGCACGCAUCAAGACGUGGAAGGGUGCUCAUGGCCUGGUCAAGAAUGUGACUUUCAGCAUGUUCAAGACAGUGAGAGUCGUGACAGGCAUCUUGAUCGAUCAGACCUACUGCCCACCGUCACAGAGGCCUGAAGGUUGCGCAGGAGGUCCCUCCGAUGCGAUCCGCAUCGAGGAUGUGCACUUCCGAGACUUUGUCGGGACUUUCCUGCAUCAAGACCGAAAGGUGCUGUGCUCCUUGUGCUCAGGCGUCACCUACGAAGGAAUCAGCUUGCAACCGGCCGCGCAUGAACCGCGUUCCUGGGCCCGGCGUUGA